AUGAUCAAGAGCCCAUCUUGGUGGGCCCGAAUAGGUGGCAGCGCCUCCCGCCGCUCCAAAGUCGUCUUUGCAGCCUUGACACUCUUUCUCGCAUCGUCGGUUUUCAUCUUACAACCAGACUGGCACGUUCCCAGCUCCGGGCUGCGCGUGCCCGACUUACACCACCAGCCUUCGUCGGGGCCAUCGACAAGUCCUCCGACUGAGAAUAGCCUCCGACCUCAGAAAAAUGCCGGCGACAACGGAUACAGCCCCCGGACUGCCAUUUUGUCGCCCGACGCAGAUGGUGUCUUGUUGUCCGCAGGAACGCCCGUCUUCACUUCUCCAAGCGGGCGGUACUCUCUCAUCCUGCAAGAUGACGGCGAUCUCGUUCUUAGUCGCAUGGAAGAGGACGGGACCGCUCAUCCCGUGUGGUGGACCGGGACGGGUGAUAUGCACAGCGGCGGGCGUACCGUUGUCGUCGAGAAGCAGAAGGACCACUUCCGUAUCGUGUUGAACGCCAUGUUGAAGAACAAGUGGACGACAGUGUGGCAUAGCGACCUGGAGCCAGCGUGUAAAAUCCAAAAGAAUGGCAUCAUAUGGCGCGACGAGAGCGACAGCCAUUCGCAGUCGACGGGCAUGUUGGAGUUGACAGCCGGGCAGCUCGAGCUUUCGGAUCUAGGAAGGCUCUCGAUCGCCGGAUUGUGCGACCUAUACGUCUCACCAAAGGAGCGUGAGAAAGAGCGCUCCCUGGCCGUCAUCGUCGCAGGGCUUUACAGGACCAACCACAUGACCUGCAAAACGCAUAUGACCAACCUCAUCGCCGACCACUCGUCCUUUGCGAGAAUCGAUGUCUUUGCCUACGUGCUCUUUGAGCCUGCCGACGUCAACGUAUUCAACCGGACCAAGGAGUCCAUCCAGGCGGAGCUGCGGGAGUGCUACGGCUCGCACCUGCGGUCUGUGGAUGUUGUGCCCGUGGAGGAGGAAGAAGAAGAUUACCCCGGCGGACAGGAGGCGAUGGAAGCGACGCCUUGCGGGAAAAAGUUGCGGAGGCUGAACAACCAGUUGAAGACGGUAGCGCAGGCGGCGGAGAAGUGGUGGGCUUGGAGUAUUGCGAACGGCUUCAUCCACGAUACAGUCCUGCGAAUUCGGCCCGAUACGUCACUCAGGGCGAAGCCCGAGUUCAAGAGCCUGGAGGCGCUAGGGCAAAACACGCUCGUCCUGCCGCACCCGCACGGAGAGCACUACUUUUACUGCGCCCGGAUGUGUGGACGAGUUAGCGUUGGACCGACCGACCAAAUCGCCUACGGCAGCGCGGCUGCCAUGGGCCACUGGCUCUACAUGUACGACAGGUUCCAUCAGAUGGUGGAACUCGCGGCAAGCCCCUCUGGGCCGGCACUGCACGACUUCUCCGGGUGCGAGGUAUUGCCUCCGAGUCCGCUCGCAAGCGACUGCCCGAAGCCCGCGCCGUGCUCGAUUGAAUGUCUGGUGGCAUGGUUCCUCGACGCUCGGGGGUUGGACUUCCACGUCGAAUGGGGCUGGGAGCAGAACCUGUUGAGGUGGAUAGAUCUGGGGCCGCUUGGCGCGGAGGAAGAGAGACUGGCUGAUCACGACGGCGAUGAUGAUGUGGACGAUGGACUGGCGUGGGGAUAA